AUGUGUCUAUGGCUCUUUGAGUCAGACUUGCUACAAGCAAGAUUACGAUAUAGUCUGCAUUCCCAUACCUGCAUUAAACUGAUCCAGUCUUCCUCUCCCAAAUGCAUGCUGUGCACUGAGAACUCCGAGCACCACAUGGUCCUUAUUUCUUUGGUGUUGCCGCCUGCACUGGAGUACUUUAUCCACGUUGCUCUGCAGAACCUUCUGGUGUGUGUCAUCUUAUUCUACACUGUUUACUACCUGUCACUGAGCAUGUGCUGCCUGACACUCAAGGAAAGUAAACUUUUGUAAUCUCUCAGGGUGUGGGAACUGGAUGUCCUGGCACCAUUUGACUUCAAAACACGUCCCUCGUGGCUCAACACAAAUUAUAAAGCCCUCUUAGUCUCCACAGAAGUCACCUACUUGGUUUGUGGAGUGCUUUUUGCUCUGAUUGCACAAGAAUGGGUUUGGGAGUAUGCCAUCUCUGCGACCAUACUUCAUGUAGCCGUCAUAUCAGCUGGUAAGCAAGCUAAAACGGCGGAAACAAGGAAAAUGUAUUACAUCUGA